AUGGACGAACCGGGCUGGGCAUGGCCCGCCUGGAAGUUCAACAUGAAAAGAGGCGACCUCUUCACUUCCUUACACGACCAAUAUAAUACCGUCUCCUUCUCCCUCCAAGACCCCGAGGCCUUCCACCACGAUGUCUUUGAGCUCUCCCACCAAGCCGAUACUGCCGAGGAGUUCCAUCAACUGAUGGCUGAGCGCAAGGGUCAGCGUACCAAGGAGAUGAAUGACUGCCUUGAGUCGCUCGCCGUUGAAAUUAUCGCAAAUCCCAAGUUGAUGGGUACCGAUCAGUGGCAGCACGCGGUCCAGCUCUUCCGAACCAAAUCAUAUGACUCCAUCGUUCGUUACUUUGCGAGCUACAUUCCCGAGGAGCUGGUCGAUGAGAAGCAAUGCCCAUCGCCAGUCUCGGAGACUGUGGCUUUCGAAAGCGACUCUGCUUGUACAACUGGCACCAAACUCACUGAAAUCGAGGAUAUGUCACAGUUUCUCGACCAUGAUGACUUCUUCCCCAAUGGUCCCGUCAUGAUGGUUGAUCCUUGUCCCAUGGAUGCGCACGGCCCUCCCUCUCCGCCGCACUCAGCGAGCACUCCUUCAGAAUACUCGGACGAUGCCAGUUAUCCUUCCACUGGCCGAUCGUCUCGAUCAGCAUCUUUCUCUGCUUCCGAAUCUGGAAGAAUUUCAGGGUUUCUUCGAGACUUGUCGAAGGAUGACGAUGAUACUACAUCGCAGUCUGAUAGUGGUGAAACCGUCACGUCGGCUGGCGACUCUGUCGAGACCAUCUCGUCUGUUGAUCCAUCGGAUCAUUAUCACGACUCCAAAUCUCUGCCCAUGACGCCACAAGAUGACGAAGAUUGGGACAUUUACAACCUUCCUAUCCAAUACGAACUCGAUGAUGACCUUACCUAUGAUACCCUGGAUUCUGAAACAGCAACACCUAAACCGUUGUCAGAAGCCACCAACUAUCUCGAGCAUCCCUGCAAGGCUACUGUUAUCAGAGCCUUAUGCACACGGCGAUCGCAGCCGCCCAAAUCAUAUAUCAGAAACCGAACCUCUGCGACAGUGUCGCGUGCCAAUAGUAGGAGGACUCCUGAAGAGGUCUUCUCCAGAAUACAAAAAGCCCCGGCCGAGGCUGCCCGAAGGCGGCCCAAAGGCACGAUGGGACUUGACUAG